AUGUCUCAAAUUCUAACUGAAUUCACCCUUUUUCCUCUACUCCCCACGGAGUUACGGAUCAAGAUAUGGAGACUUAGUAUGACGACUCCUCCUCGGUUGAUCAAAGACGAGUGCUGGAUAGCUAAACACUUUAAAACUAAGGAACGUCCCGAUAUCAAUUUACUUUAUUUACUUUCCGUCAAUCAAGAAAGCAGAGCAGAGGUGCUUAGAUUAUACAAGGACAUACGACUUCCACUCGAAGAUCUUCUUCACUUAGGUAUUGUUAUGAAGAAGUGCCCCCCAAUUCUCUACAACCCAGACGUUGACGUGUUAGGCUUUGAAUCCAUCGAGUCAUUCAGAGAGCCAACCCCCAUGUGGGUUGACGGGAGACCUGUCCGAGUCAUCGACAGCAGCCUUGUCAAAAAAGUCCAAGUCUCACCAGUUUUCUUCAUAAAUCGACUCUCGAACCCGAGGCACACCAGCUAUGGGGACAAGACACCCGAGCAGUAUCGCCAAGACAGACACAAGGAUUUAUUACGUGCCUUCCCGUUUGAGAAUCUGUAUCAAUUCAUCGUGCAAGACUACGACUGCAUGGCACCACACCUACUAGACUUUCCGAAGAUCAGAGAUGCGUGGAAGGAUGUCCUGACCUUCAUUUUUGAGAAGGAGCAGGCACAUCGCCUUCAACGCGCUAUCGAAGUCCUCUAUCUCGUAAUCCCCGAUUUCACAAUCCCAGAGAUCGUGAUUCAUCCAGGCAAAAAUAGUUCGAGCUUGUGUGUCAACUGUCAAGAGUACGGCCCCUCCGACUUGGCUGCCCAAAUGCUCAAGGAUAGGGAGGAGAUGAGCCAACAAAGGAUAACCGAGGAAGAUUAA